UAAACUUCAUUUAUUACAACAAUAAAAAAAAAAAGAAAGGUAACGCUUCAUUUAAAGAUGAAAUCUUUAAUAUUUUGCAAAAAAAGAAAAAAGGAUGCUACCAGGGCAGAUUCCUGGAGAUAUUAAAGUAUAUAUUCUCAGCAAAGACGUUACCUCAUCUAAAAUAUUUCUUAAUUUUCCAAGUGUAAGUUAACCCCUCUGCCAACAUAUUUCUAUAGUUUUCUUUACCCUAAAUCAGUACGCCUGGUCUAUACAGUUUGUCUCUUUUCUCUACUAAGGUGUAAAUUUCUUCUGAGCAAGGAUCUGAUUUCUUUUAUUUACUAUAUCUUGCUGUUUGGUACAUUAGACACUCAGUAUUUAUUGAGUGGAUGAGUCAAAGCUACAGUUUUCUUUCACUUUUUCAAAACUACAUUUUGAAGUGUUUUUGGAUGCCAUGCUAUUUAUAUUUCAUCCAAUGAAAUGCAAAGCUGUGAUAGUCUUCAAACAGAGGAAUAAGUUUAAAUAAAAAGUAGUAGAGUCCAGGGUUCUAGCCUUAGCUGUGUCAUUGUAACUAGUUAAGUGAUUUUACUUCUCCUCUUGGAGUUGCCUUUUCCUUAUCUGUUUUAACAGUAUUAUUUGAAUAUAAUCCUGAGGGAUUGUAUCAGGACUUCUUAAUUGGGGAGAUUGAACAGACUCUCAGAACCAUACCUCCUUGAGAUUUGCAGGAUAAAUAUAGAACUAGAGUUACUUUUGUUAAAUUGGCUAAAGUUCCCUGAGUAUAAUGUAUUGUUCUGUGGUUGUUUUGGCAACCAAAUGGAAAUAAUUGCCACAAAGUAUGUAGAAUCAUAUUUUAAAAUGGUAGAUGAGUUUGAGUUUUAUUCCAGGACUUAAUUAAUAAUUUAAUGGCUUUUCAUAAGCGAUACAUGUUCGUACUUUUUGUUGAAGAUUUUUGGCAUGGAACUCUUCUGUUAGUAAUGUUCAUAUUGGGUUGAGUUCUAAGAAACCGUGGGGGAUAUUGAGUUAUUAGCGGACUUUGGGUCUCUCACUAUUUAUUUCCUAGCUUUAGAAUUUAUGCUUUCCCUGCCUUGAAUUUCUGUCUGUUGGGUGUUAAUGUGAACUUUUGUUUUUUAAAAAGAUGUUGUUAGUAUUUGAAUUUAAGGAUCAACAAUGUUAGGAAAACCUUUGUUAUUGUUCUAAGUUCUUUCAAUUUCAUUUAUGUGUGCAGCUUCACAAAUUUAGGGUUAGAAAACAGAAGUUUAGUACUUCACUGUAUUUGUAGGCCAAGCCUAGAGUUGCAACAUAUACCAAAGAAAUCACUGUAGUUUGUCUAGGGUUAUUCUGAAGAGAAUAUGUUUUUUUAUUUAUUUUUUUUGAAAUCUGAAGUAUCUUGGCCCUGAACAGUAUGAAAUUCCUUUGUUGUCUAAAAUAAAAGGCCUAAACUGUAGUAAAAGUCUUCGGAACAUAUUUUGGAUUUUUUUUUGUCUUUUUCGAGUUUUUCCAUAUGUGUUUUGUAAGAAUUAGGGGAUAAUUGAAUAUCUGGCAGAAGUUCUAUAUGAGUAUCUUUAUGAUUUUUGUUUUUCAGGCGUUUUUAAAAUAUUUAAUCAUUCAUGAGUUGAGACUCAUUCUUGAGUCAUGGAUGACAAGGCUUCUGUUGGAAAAAUCAGUGUCUCCUCAGACUCAGUAUCUACUCUUAAUAGUGAAGAUUUUGUCUUGGUUUCCAGGCAAGGAGAUGAGACACCAUCUACAAAUAAUGGAAGUGAUGAUGAGAAAACAGGACUCAAGAUUGUAGGGAAUGGAAGUGAGCAGCAGCUCCAAAAAGAGCUAGCAGAUGUGCUGAUGGAUCCUCCAAUGGACGAGCAGCCAGGGGACAAGGAACUUGUGGAAAGAUCACACCUGGAUGGUGAAGGAGAUGCGCCUCUUUCUAAUCAACUGUCAGCUUCAUCCACCGUUAACCCUGUGCCAUUAGUAGGGCUCCAAAAACCAGAGAUGAGCCUGCCAGUGAAACCAGGACAAGGAGAUUCUGAAAUGUCAAGUCCUUUCACACCAGUGGCUGAUGAGGACAGUGUAGUUUUCAGUAAACUAACUUAUUUAGGCUGUGCCUCAGUAAAUGCCCCCAGGAGUGAAGUGGAAGCUUUAAGGAUGAUGUCCAUUUUAAGAAGCCAGUGUCAGAUUUCACUAGAUGUAACCCUCUCAGUGCCGAAUGUGUCUGAAGGAACUGUGAGACUCUUAGAUCCUCAGACAAACACUGAAAUAGCAAACUACCCUAUCUACAAAAUUCUCUUUUGUGUCAGAGGACAUGAUGGAACUCCUGAGAGUGACUGUUUUGCUUUCACUGAAAGUCAUUACAAUGCAGAGCUCUUCAGAAUACAUGUCUUCCGGUGUGAAAUACAAGAAGCUGUAAGCCGGAUACUUUACAGUUUUGCCACUGCCUUCCGCCGUUCUGCCAAGCAGACCCCACUUUCAGCCACUGCUGCACCCCAGACUCCUGACAGUGACAUCUUUACCUUCUCUGUGUCUUUAGAAAUAAAAGAAGAUGAUGGUAAAGGUUAUUUUAGUGCAGUUCCCAAAGAUAAGGACAGACAAUGCUUUAAACUACGCCAAGGAAUUGAUAAGAAGAUUGUCAUCUAUGUGCAGCAAACAACUAAUAAAGAACUUGCUAUUGAAAGGUGUUUUGGUCUUCUUCUUAGCCCAGGAAAAGAUGUACGAAACAGCGACAUGCACUUGUUAGAUUUGGAAUCUAUGGGCAAGAGUUCAGAUGGAAAGUCCUAUGUUAUUACUGGGAGCUGGAACCCAAAAUCUCCACAUUUUCAAGUUGUAAAUGAAGAAACUCCCAAAGAUAAAGUACUGUUUAUGACCACAGCUGUCGAUUUGGUAAUAACAGAAGUACAGGAGCCUGUUCGAUUUCUCUUAGAGACAAAAGUCCGCGUUUGCUCACCUAAUGAAAGAUUAUUCUGGCCCUUCAGCAAACGUAGUACUACUGAAAAUUUCUUUUUGAAACUAAAACAGAUAAAGCAAAAGGAGAGAAAGAAUAAUACUGAUACUUUAUAUGAAGUUGUAUGCUUGGAAAGUGAAUCAGAGAGAGAGAGGAGGAAAACUACAGCCAGUCCCUCAAUUCGCCUGCCACAGUCUGGAUCUCAGAGCUCAAUGAUACCUUCUCCUCCAGAAGAUGAUGAAGAGGAAGAUAAUGAUGAACCUCUUUUGAGUGGAUCUGGUGAUGUAUCCAAAGAAUGUGCAGAAAAAAUUCUUGAAACCUGGGGAGAACUGCUGUCAAAAUGGCAUCUCAAUUUAAGCGUGAGACCAAAGCAGUUGUCAUCUUUAGUAAGAAGCGGUGUCCCUGAAGCUCUUCGAGGAGAAGUCUGGCAGCUGCUAGCAGGCUGUCACAACAAUGACCACCUGGUAGAAAAAUACCGAAUUCUCAUCACAAAGGAGUCUCCCCAGGACAGUGCUAUCACCCGGGAUAUUAACCGAACAUUCCCAGCCCAUGACUACUUUAAGGACACAGGAGGAGAUGGACAAGAUUCCUUAUAUAAAAUAUGCAAGGCUUAUUCUGUGUAUGAUGAAGAGAUUGGCUAUUGCCAGGGCCAGUCAUUUCUUGCUGCUGUGCUGCUUCUCCAUAUGCCUGAAGAACAGGCAUUCAGUGUUCUGGUCAAGAUCAUGUUUGACUAUGGUCUCAGGGAACUUUUCAAGCAAAAUUUUGAAGAUUUGCAUUGCAAAUUUUAUCAGUUGGAGCGCCUCAUGCAGGAGUACAUUCCUGACCUGUACAACCACUUCCUGGAUAUAAGCCUUGAAGCACACAUGUAUGCCUCCCAGUGGUUUCUUACGCUUUUCACUGCAAAGUUCCCUCUCUACAUGGUUUUCCAUAUCAUCGACUUGCUUUUAUGUGAGGGAAUAAGUGUUAUUUUUAAUGUCGCCCUUGGAUUAUUAAAGACUUCCAAGGAUGACCUGCUGCUGACAGAUUUUGAAGGUGCCUUGAAGUUCUUCAGGGUUCAGCUCCCUAAGAGAUACCGCUCAGAAGAAAAUGCAAAAAAGCUAAUGGAAUUAGCUUGCAGCAUGAAGAUUGGUCAGAAGAAGUUGAAAAAAUAUGAAAAAGAAUAUCACACCAUGAGAGAACAGCAGGCCCAACAGGAAGACCCCAUAGAGCGAUUUGAGCGGGAGAAUAGACGUCUGCAGGAAGCUAACAUGAGGUUGGAACAAGAAAACGAUGAUUUAGCCCAUGAGCUGGUGACCAGCAAAAUUGCACUGCGAAAGGACCUGGAUAAUCUCUGCCCUGCAACUUCCAAGCCACCUCAGCCUCUCUGACUUCCAGACUCUGCCUCCUUAACCAUUUGACACCUCCGUGCUCUGCUUAGAGCCCCUCACCCUGUUCCUUGGUCCAGAAAGUACUUCAGCAGAAAGCCAGGGUGGUAGUAGGACUCAUAUUGUUUGUUUUCUUUCUCUGAGGAACCACAGUCCUGCACUUACUGUUUUCAAUGUAUGAAACAGUUGUUUCAUAUAUUUUGUCCAGUUUUCUGUUUACGGCAGGAGGGUAAGUCUGGUCCCUAGUACUGCUUCAUGAUUGGAAGUGGAAGUCUGGAUUUAUAUUUAUUAUCACCAGAUGUUGUCUCCUCAUAUGCUUAUGUAGAAUGACUGUGGAGUGAGUGUAAUACCUUUAGAGGACCCUGGUUGGAUCAGUCUAGUAGUUUUCUGUGCAACUUCCCAUUGGCACAACAUUGAGAGUCAGCUCUUGGAGUUGUGGCACAAAUGCUGGGCUCAGUGUCAGGCAGCCUGGUUUUAAAUUCCAGCUCUGCUAUAUGCGUUGUGAGAGUGUGGGGAAAUCACUUCCCUUCCCAGAAAGGACAGAAACCCCCCUUCUUUAUAAUUUGGGGAGUCAGGGUGGGCAGGGAAAUUGGGGUUGUGGUAAAAGGAUAGACUCUUGACUCAGAAGACCCAGGUUCAUGACCUGACUCCUUCAAACCUCUUAUAAUCAGUGUUAAUAUAACCAUUAUCUAUCAUGGUGGUGGUGAGAUUAAAUGAGAGAAGAUAAGCACGUGGCAUGUGCUCCAAAGCAGUGCUCAGAAGAUGUUAACUAAGUCCAAGAGACGGAUAAUAGGUUGUUCUAGCAAUAUAAAAUAAAGCAAAGUCCUUAACAGGACUCCUUUCUCCUUACUAGUUAUUUCCACUGUUGUUUAUCUUCCGUUUCCUUUUUGAUUGUUUCUUGGGUUCGAGCUAGAGGAGGAGAUGAUAAGAAAGGCUAGGACCCCAUUCAAUUACAUCCAACUGAGGUUUUCCAGUAAUCAGUGGCCUUCUGAGUUUACAUAUCAUGACUUUCUCAGUUCCCCUUUGGAGGCCCCAGCCCUCUGGAACCUGUUCGCCCAAAAGAAGAUAACAUGAGAGGAAGUCUAGAGUAGUGGAAGGUACAGGGGCUCAGCUACACCACUUUAGCUAGGUGAUAUCAGAAACGCUGUUUAAUUUCAGGGGAACCACCAUCCGCCACCAAGAAGGUUGUUUAUAAGGAGGCUGGCAAAGACCCUCUACCUGGUGCUGUGUGCCUACGAGGUUCUGCCCCAUUUCCUUGACUGCCCUCUAACGUGGUACUCAUUCUUCAGUUAACCUUGGAAUAUCCAAUAUUAGGAAUGCUUAUGUGAGGCAUAGGUAUACAUCAUUGUCAGCUAGAAGCCACAGAUCUGCCCAGCAGAUCUUUUCAUGCUUUAGAAAAAGACUGGAGUGGGGGAUGACCAUUUAAGAUAACAAAGAGAGUGCCAGGAAAGGGGCAGCCUCCUUUAUUAGGUGACGACAAGAAUGAAAUGCAAAACUUGGUUGAAGCAGAGGAAAAACUGGGAGUUUAGAGGAAGAAAACCAGAGUUUAUUAUUACUAUUAAUAAUAAUGACAGCUACCUUUUAAACAGCUACACUGUUUACUGUAUGCCAGGUACUGUACUGAGUGCUGUUCAUGCCUUAUUGCUCAGAUGUAGAGCCUGAAGCUCAGAGAGGUUCUCAGUGACUUGUCCAGGUGGCAUGUGGUUAGUGGAUGAUGAGAGUUGAACCCAGGCUGUCUGAUGCCAAAGACUGAACUCCUAACCACUGCCUUGCACGACCUCUGUGCAAGAGACUGGGCCAGACGCUUGUGCACGAGUCUAGUCUCAGUUUUGAUAUGAACUCGCUCUGUGACCUUGAGCAUAUCAUUUCCCCUCUCCAGAUUACAGUCUCCCCAUCAUCUUAAAAUGGGAUUGUGCUAGGUAAUUUAGACCCCUUCCAAUUCUCAAUUCUUGUUCUGUGACAGCAUAGCUAAAAUAUAUGUGUUUCAGGCUGAGGAAAAGGCAGAUGCACUCAAUAAGGAGCUGCUUAUGA